AUGGUCGAUACCCCUUCCAUUCAGUUUCUUGGAUAUCUGGCACCCUAACUUUCAUCUCCCUAUAAAUUUUUUGAGGAAAAAGAAACUGUGCUCAUCUAUCUCAAUUAUUUCGAGAUCGACAAUCAGAUGCUAAUUCUGCUGUCUCCCUGUCCACUCGAAUAUAGUCAAUAAAGUAAAUAUUAUGAUCCUCAUCCCUUUAAGGUUUCAUCGCAUUUAGCUCAACAAUUCGUCCUCGGUACAGGGUUUCUCAGAAACUCAUGGUGUCUCUGGACUAAUUUAAAUCAAUAGUAAGCUUCAAUAUUCUGCUCUUUGGUGAUUUAUACUAAACAAACAAAACACAAUCCCAACCUUUCAAUGCUCGAAACUUUUAGACUUUUAUAGCUCCCAAUCCUUUGCCCUAAAUUAAUAUUUUGGUGGUUCCUGGAGUUUACAGUAUUCACUUUGAUCAAAUAUACGAAUUCCUGGAAAGCAAAUUAGCAUAAAAGAAUCAAUAGAUUUACCCUCAACCCAAAUUUGAUAUUCUUGUUUACACUACAAAUCCUUACAGAGUGUGUAAUAUUCAAUAUUAAUUCGAUAAAACUACUUAAUUAAUCGAUUAUUUCUUUUAUUUGAUUGACAACCAAAUCUACUCAGACAUCAACGAAAUUCAAUAGAUAUUCAUGUUGGAUGACAUCAAAGGCACACUAUUGGAAUUCUUGUCAGGGAGAAAUUACCCAACUUCUGCCAACUUCAUUCAAUUCAUUAGAAAGAACUUCAGUUACAAUGCUUAGGACACUAAAUUCUAUAUAUUGCAACAAAUUAAGGGCUUUAAUUAGAUUCAUUAGAAUGCGGAUUACGUGAAGACAUGUACUAUAUCAUACAAGUAUAAGUUUAGUUUGUCAAAAUUGCGAAGACGGAAACAAAUGUACUUUGUUAUCCUCUCAGAACCAAUAGAUAUAUUUUGCUGGACAAAGUUCACUAUUCAAAUAUCCUCUAUCAGUCAAAUUUAUGGAUUUAGUUUGUAGAACAUUUUCACAAUUGAUUUGUCAGCUAUUUUUGAUAGCAAAUGCUUAGAAUGUCACUUAUUAACUCAAUAGAUUGGCCAACAUUGAUAAAAUCGAAGAAGCUAUUUCCUGUCCUUCUUUCAAUCCUCAAAGAAAUUAUCAAAAUUUAGAAAUGCUUGGUGAUGUUGUAAUUAAGUAUUUAACAUCUGCAAUGUUGUUUGAGGAUCCUAAGUACAAAACAGAAAACACUUUGUCCUCGGCAAGAGUUCGUUUAAUCACUAAUAAACACUUAAGUUCAAUUUAUGGGCAUCUCAAGUUGAAUAUCAUGAAUUUUAAAAUUAACUCCAAGAAACUUCUAAAUCACAUGAUGAUGAUUAUCAACGAACAAGAGGAUUCCAAACUGUCUCUCAAACAAUAAGCUGAUAUAUACGAAGCCUUAUGUGGAGCCUGUUACAUUAAAAAUUAUUAAUUCAAAGAUUUGAUGGACUUUUUUAAAUUAACAAGGUUCGAAUUCAAAGGCUCAGUUCCACAAUACUAUAAAGGAAAUCCUUUAAUUGAUUUCUCCGUUAAUUCUCAGGAUCUAGAUCAUGAUAAUGAUUAUCCUUUAAAAAAAUAAAUUGUAAAAAGACCCUUCUCUGAAACUGUAAAAUUUGACCAACCUUUAGAGGAAUUUUAAGAUUAUCUAGGAUGCAAAUUGAAUUUCAUUGCAGAAGCCAUGACUGUUGAUCAAUUUGAAAGAUUAGAGUUUUUUGGAGAUGCAAUCCUGGAACUAUUGGUCAUUGUGAACGUUCAUAAGGAAUGUGAAAAACUAUACUAUAAUCCUAGAUAACAGUAAUUGUGUCGAGAAGGCAAAAUACCUUAGAAAUUGUUACUUUGCCCAGGGAUGUUGCAUACUGCCAAAAUAUCUUUACUUGAUAGUGGUUUUAUGGGCACAAUGGCUAUCUACCAUAAUUUCCAUUAGUAUGCAAGAAAUCUUCCGAAGGAGAUUUAAAAUAGUAUAACAAAAGCCUUAGGCUUAUUAAGAGAGGAUCAAUUUACUGAUUUUAGGAGAAUCAAUUAAUAUUCAUAGUAUAUUCCAAAAAUCAUGAGUGAUCUAUGGGAGAGUGUGGCAGCUUGUAUUCUAGCAGAGUAUGGGUGGGAAAAGGUGAUUGAAAUCUAUGGAGAAAUGUACAAACCAUACAUCAAAUAUUUUGUUGAAAACAUAUCUUUGAUUUAUGAUUUUUGUCAAAGCACUGGAAAUGUAAAAUCAUGA